CGUACAAGGUGGAGUGAUACACUGGCAUUGUGUAGCGUAUGUAUCACUCCAGUCCUUCAACCAAGUGCGUCGGUUGCAUAGCCAGUUUGUGAUUGGUGAACUGAGGUCCCAUACAAACACCAAGACUAACCUCUCAUCACCCUCUUCCUCAGCAACAACGCGGCAAGACAACCAGUUAAGGAACUGAGCUCCGCACUCGCUACUCUCCAGGCAUCUCCAGCCUCCGACACUCUGUGCUGCUGGUCUGUUCGCCCCUAUUCGCUUCGGCCGCAUAACUUUAGAGCUGCCCACGGCCGCAGACAGGCCAUCGAGCUGUUCUUCUCCCGUGUGGAGAGAUCGUACUUAGUGCGCCGUCGGGUCGUCGCCAAGACAGUCAGAGCAAGAACGCGCCGCGUACGAGGAGCGUGAGGGACUCCCAGCCUGACCGGGCACUGCGAGGAGGGGCUUAGCUGGACGACGACCGGGCGACGACGAAGACGCUCGCGACGUCGGCCAUGAAGAAGAUGUCCCGUAAAAACUUUCGCGGGGGUCCGCUGUUCUCCAGUAAGUCGAGCAGCUCAGCAGCGUCGCACGGCCCCAGCAGCUCGUCCCCCGGCAUGAACGGCGCGAGCGCUAGUGGCAUCAUGCGCCGUGCCACGUGGGCCGACAAGAUCAGAGACAAAUUGCCGCCUUUGGGCGAGAAUGAGUACGAAGUGCUGUGGGAACGCGGCGUACUGGGUGUGAUCUUCCUCGAGUCGGAGAAGGACGGCAUCCCGUAUGUAUCUAAAGCCACGGAGUCGUGUAUUUCCCCCGCUGUGAGCCAGGGAGACAUCCUGAAGUACGUGAACGUUGUGCGCUCCAAAGACCACUCGUUCUCGGACUUUUUCAAGAUUCUGGCGACCAUGAAGAAGCCCGUACUGCUGCGUUUCGAGCGCAUUUCAGCCAGCACUCCGUCGUCCGAUGAGGACGAGGCCUCGCAGCUCUUUGGCGUGCCUCGCUCCAGCUCCACGAACGCCGUGAACAGUGCCAGUCAGUAUGCGAGACAGAAUGUACCUAAUCCGGAUGAGGGGGACCCCACGGGCAAGUUCCAGAGAGCCAAUUCCGUGCCGCAGAAGGACCAGAAGCCGCCUAAAGCUACAAGAGGAGCGUUCUGGCGCGCACCGUCGGCUAAAGACUCGGUGGGGCCAGGAAACCCUGCGCAAUCGGUUGGACCGAACGGUUUGAACGGGGGAAAUGACCGUAUGGGCGCUUCACAAGCCCAUCGACGUGCUCCGAGCAAUAGAGACCACCAGGUAUCGCCACGAGACGCUGUAGUUGCUAACGGGACGAGGGAACACUCUUCCAAUUCGCCUCUGGGGCCUCAUGAGUAUCAGGUAUACUGGGAAACUGGCUCAUUGGGUCUGUUCUUUGGAGAGGAUCGAGCAACGAACUUGCCGGUCGUGACUCGGUCCACUCCGAGCGCCAAUCCGGUGGUGCGACGUGCUGUUGCUGUCAACGACACGCUCGUGUCGGCUAACGGCAUCAAGUCGGCUGACUAUACGUUCGAGGCGUUCUUUGGUCGACUGCAGCAGAUGAACAAGCCAGUGCGACUAGUGUUUAGACGAAGGCAACCUCAUGAACAAGUCGUUAUUGUAAAGCAAGGAGAGCAGCAGCAACAGCAGAGACAACAACAGCAGCAAUUGCAGCAGCAGCUCCAACAACGUCAACAGGAGAUGCGAGAGCAACAGGAAAUGCGGGAACAGGAGCAGAAGCGGGAACUACUCAAGAUCCGUGAACAGCAGCAGCGUGAGCAGCAGCAACGUGAACAACAGCAACGUGAACAACAGCACCGUGAGCAGCAGCAACGAGAGCAGCAACAGCGAGAGCUUCGUGAAAAGCAGCAGCGUGAACAACAGUUACGUGAAAAGCAGCUUCGUGAACAACAGCUACGUGAACAGCAAGAACGAGAGAAGCAGUUACGAGAGCAGCAAGAGCGAGAACAGCAGCAACGCGAGGAGCAGCGGCGCCAGCAGGAAGCAGCGUCACGGAACCGGACACCGUCAGUUACGAUUGACACGUCGUCAGCGUCACCGGCUGAGAGCAGGGCUCUUCAGCGCAAUCGAACACCCAGUCCGACCGUGAAGCGUGCAUCCACUCCACCUCCUCGUCCGCCGUCGCCUCAAGUUCGGCUUGAAUCCACUGAUAACCAUCGUGAUCACCGUCAUGCAGACAGAGCGAGCAUGCGAACGCCUCCUCCGAUCUCCCCGGUAAUACCGGGCAAGACGGCAGAAAGUGUCCCCAGUACCAAUUAUGAAAUGUCGCCGAAGGCCAAUAUGUCGCCCAUGGUGCGGAGUUCACCGAGAGUGGAUAAGUUCGACAAUUCGCCGAGUGCUUCACCACAUAUCGGCAGCUCGCCCAAGGUGAGCAGCUCUCCAUUGGUAUCACCAGUCUCACCAUUUGUAGCAACCAAAAUUGCCAAUGAAACAAGCAAUCCCGCUUCAUCACCCGUUGCACAAGAGCAAGGCAAUUCUACUGCUCACUCUUUAGUGGAGGAAGAAGCGAACGCCUCGUCAUUAAAGGAGAGUCGCCACAUUUUUGAAAAAUCUCAUGGUAGACGGAGCCGGGACAGCAGCGAGGAGCAGCGGAAACAUCAAACAGCAACAAUCCCUGUGCACGAUGAGGAGCCAGUGCUGUCACCCGUCAGUAAGACGACGCAUCUGUCCCCUACUGAGCCGUGGGAUUUACCUGAGCACAUCCCGUCACCGACGAUUAAGGCGGAAUCAUUUGAAGUAGAUGAAGACGACGAUAUUGACGUGGGUGUCCCUGUGUCACCUAGCUCAGAAUCCCAUCUGGAUGAUGUUGCUAUGGCUGAAGAAGCCGAGUUAGCACAAGAAGUGGAACUGGACGAGGCCGAGGCAGCAGAGUUGGUUGAAGAGGCUGAGAUCGCUGGAGAAGCAGAAUUGGCUGAAGAGGCUGAGCUUGCUGAAGAAGUUGAAGAACCAGAGCCAACAAUACCAUCACAUCCCGUGAUUAACUCGUCAGAAGAAGACGUUGAGGUCGGUAUGCUUGCUGACGUGGAGGUGGGGAUUGCUGUUGAGGAGACCCAGUCUGAAGUUGUGGAGGCCAGUACCUCAGAGAAUGACCAGAACCCAUGGGAUCUCGAGCCGGAAUCGAAGACACACCACCAAGACAGCAAGACUUCAUCUUCUACCACCGAAAGCUCGUCAAUUGAAAGUGUUGUAGACACCUCCAAGGUCGACUUUGCCGACGCACCUGAGCCCUCAGAUGAGUUUGCAACUGACCCGGAUAUUUCCAGUGACAUCGAUAUCGUGGAUGGUGACAUUAUGAUGCAGGAAGCCCCGAAGGAUAAAGUGGAAGCCAAUCCGCCGAAGCCAAGCAAGUCGUCUUUGAACGCCAAUUUGGCCAAGUAUAAGAAGAAGGGCAAGACUGCUCGUGGUGUCAUCAAAUUGCCUGCACUGACUGAAGAGGAGGCACUAACGGUUCCUCUAGUCGCGCCUAAUGCCGUGAACACGACUGUCCAAGUACGUGGCCGACCGAAGCCCAAGUUCACGAUGGCGGACACUCCUGACAGUACGACGUAUCUAAUCAAGUGGAAAGAGAACCGCAGUAUCGGCUUGCAGCUCAAGGAAGUGCGGUUUGCGAAGGGUACAUAUCCACUAGUGACGGACGUAUGUCAGGAGCCAUGCUGCGAGCUGCUGCGGCAUAUUUGUGUGGGCGACGUGAUCAUCGAGAUCAAUGGACGCAACACAUCAACGAUGGGGGUGAAGAAGACUGUCAAUUUCCUAAAGACGUGCACCAAGACGACUCUGAUGAAGAUCCGGCACGGCCCAGGGUUCGUCAACCAGCGCGUGAGUGCGACAGUAUGACUGUAGCUGUAAUGUACGAUCAAUUCCGCGAGCACGACUAGCUGGCGCCUUCAGCUCUCGCCAGGACCAAACCGGGAUGCGAGCGACCGCUUCCCGCUACAUUGCUUUAUUUUUCCUUUUUAGUUUUUUCUUACCUCUCAGUGUCAGUGAAGUGCUCAGUGUUGGAGAGGACAAUUAGACAUGAUUUUUGGCUUGCAGCGUUAAGAGGAGCAAAGGCGCUGGCACGACAAUGAACAAACAUGAACAUGCUUAUCUCGAGUUGCACUGUUGCCUUGACUCUUGAGUCAGGUCAGGGUCAGGUCACCUGACCGACAGUCCCGUGUUCGUCCCGCC